UUUCUUGUAUUCCAUAACUUUACGCAACGGUGCCUGCUAGGCGAUAAGACAUGCCUUUAUCAUUAUUUCUUCAAUGAGAUGAAAUUAUAAACAAUUCUCCGGAGGUGUUGGAAGUACCGUUAACGAGAAUGUAAUUGAAGGGACCGCGGAGGAUUUUAUCCUCACACGAAACCUUGGUAACUUAAAGAUGCGUUCUAUCUUGGUACCAUGACAACAGUUUUAGGAACUUUAAUUCAAAAUCCGACUUCGUCAUGUAUAAAUUUACCCAAAUGCUAAUAUUUAAUGUCAACUUAAUGUACACAGAUAAGAAUUUAUUGACACUAUUUUACCUCAGAAAUAAUACAUCUGAUUUAUAUCACUCUUUUCGUGAUACGGUAGCGCGCAAUUGCUGCAAAAACGUUUGUAGCAUUUAUUGUUAGUUCGAAGCACCGCUUGAAAUGUCUAAUUUGUCGAUAAAGGGAUCAAUUAUGACUGAAGAGGAAAGUGAUGAAAAUAAAAAUCCACACCGAUUAAAAGUAGUCUCCAAAUAUAUUCCUAUACUAGAGUGGUUUCCACAAUAUACCCGGUGGGAUGCAGUGGCUGAUAUAAUUGCAGGAGUAACGCUAGGACUCACCAUAAUCCCUCAAAGUAUAGCUUACACUACAGUAGCUGGAUUGAGUGCCCAGUAUGGACUCUAUUCCGCGUUUAUUGGUAGCCUGAUAUAUGUUGUGUUUGGAAAAAUCAAAGAAGUGUCUAUUGGUCCCACUGCCCUAAUGGCACUUCUCACUAUGGAUUUUACCCGGAAUAUGCCAGUAGAGUUUGUAAUACUCCUCACUUUUCUUGCGGGGUGCAUGGAACUCCUCAUGGGCUUACUAAACCUCGGAUUUUUGGUAGAUUUCAUUUCUAUGCCAGCUACAUCUGGAUUCACCUCAGCUACAUCCGUCAUCAUUGCCAUAACUCAGUUACAAGGAUUGUUCGGACUGAAGUAUAAGACCUUUUCCAAUGUUGAUAGCAUCAUCAAAUUUUUCCAGCAUAUCAAUGACAUUCGAAUUGGUGACACCAUAGUCGGUUUAUCAAGUAUUGCAUUUUUGCUGUUACUCAGGUGGAUCAAAAACAUGAAUCCCUGCUGUGUAUCAAGCGAUAAAAGUAAUAGAGUUAUAAAAAAAGCAUUAUGGUUUCUAUCCAUUGGUCGCAAUGCUUUACUCAUUUCCAUUACCUCUAUCAUAGCAUCAAUGCUGCACAAAGCUGGGAAAUCACCAUUUAUUCUUCUCGGUAAAGUGGAAUCAGGUCUACCGUCCUUUGAUGUACCUUCGUUCAGCGCACAAGUUGGCAAUGAAACUUAUACGUUUAUUGACAUGUGCUCACAUUUUGGAUCAGGUAUUAUCGUAGUCCCCCUAAUUGCUGUUCUUGCAAACGUUGCAAUAGCCAAGGCUUUUGCUGCUGGUAAACCCGUUGAUGCCUCUCAGGAAAUGCUGACUCUUGGCUUGUGUAACAUCUUUGGUAGCUUUGUUCAAUCAAUGCCAACUUGUGGUGCAUUCACUCGAAGUGCAGUGAGUAAUGCCAGUGGAGUUCGAACGCCUCUAGCUGGCUUAUAUUCAGGGACCAUGACACUACUAGCUAUGAGCUUCCUUACACCCUACUUCUAUUACAUUCCACGAGCGUCCCUCAGUGCAGUUCUCAUAUCAGCAGUUGUUUUUAUGAUAGAUUGGUCAAUAAUCACACUGCUAUGGAAAGGAAGCAAAAAGGAUAUGACGGCAGCACUUGGCACUUUUGUCGCAUGUCUGGCUUUUGAUGUUGAACUUGGGUUGCUGUUCGGGGUCACACUGAACAUGUUAUUUCUGCUGCACGCGUGGGCGAGACCUAGUAUUCACAUUACAAAAUGCAAGACUGCUGAUGGAGAAAAGUAUAUACUGAUAAGCCCAGACAUUGGAUUAUUUUAUCCUAUGAUUGGCUAUCUACGAACUAAAAUCAACGAAGUUGCAACGAAUGAAGGGAGAAAUGUUCUACCGAUUGUUUUGGACUGUGAUAGUUUCAAAGGUAUCGAUUACACGGCUGUACAGGGAAUCGAUGCAAUUACACAAGACUUUGAAAAGAAAGGGCAGGAUUUAUUAUUUCUACGUUUCAAUCCAAAUAUUUUGAAAAAAAUUGAGUUACUUGGAGGAAUCACCAAACUACGGCAUGCUGUCGUCGAGGAGGACAUUGCUGGCAUUUUAUUUGGUCAUGGUGUUGAGAUGAGUAGAAGCGAAACUCUCCCCAUCAUGAAAUGCGUAGACGAAAUGAUAGAUGAACAUGUCAACACAGAAGAAGACUGUACGCAAAUGGAGACAUUGAGUGACUGCAAAAUCGAGCCAGAAAAAGAAACUCUACUAUCUGCCUACGAAGCAGUAAUAACAGAGUUAGCAACAGUUGAGAAGUCACAAUUAAAGAAUAAAGAUCCUGAAUUAUGAGCGCAUAUUACCACAUAAGCAUCAGGUGCCCAAAAAAUAUUAAAGCAGAAAAAAAAUGUCAUAAUUGGCAAAGGAAUGCUAAUUUCAAACCAACCUGCAAGUAUAGAAUGAUUCAAUUUUAGCAACCAGGAUCAUACCGAAAUAUUGAGAAUUUUUCUGAAUAGAAUUCGUCAAAAAUACAAAUGCUAUCAAUCCGUCGAUGACGGAGUGUACGAUUACAAUGUGUGUGGAAGAUUUAGCUGACUUUGAAAGGUGCUAAUACGGAAUACUAAUAAGUAGCGAUAAGACAAUUCUAUGAAAUGAGUUGUUGACUCAGCAUGUGUGACUUGCAUAAUAUAAUUAAAUAGUAUAUUCAAGGUACAAAUUA